UCAGGAAGUUCCACGUCAGAUUUUGCAGUGUAGAGGAAAGAGAAAAAACCCUGCAGUGCCGGAGCUUCAGCGUCGCUAAUUUAUUAUAAGAGACAAGCGGAGCUAAAGCAGAGACAUGCCUCUCAGGCUGGACAUCAAGCGCAAGCUCACCGCUCGGUCAGACCGCGUCAAAAGCGUCGACCUCCAUCCCACCGAGCCAUGGAUGCUGGCCAGUCUUUACAACGGCAGCGUGUGCGUCUGGAACCACGAAACACAAACUCUGGUGAAGACGUUUGAAGUGUGUGAUCUGCCAGUGAGAGCGUCAAAGUUUGUCGCAAGGAAGAACUGGGUCAUAACUGGAGCAGACGACAUGCAGAUUCGUGUUUUCAACUACAACACAUUAGAGCGAGUACACAUGUUCGAGGCCCAUUCGGAUUACAUCCGCUGCAUUGCCGUGCACCCGACUCAGCCCUACAUCCUUACUAGCAGUGAUGAUAUGUUAAUUAAGCUGUGGGACUGGGAGAAGAAGUGGUCGUGCAGUCAGGUGUUCGAGGGCCACACGCACUACGUCAUGCAGAUUGUGAUCAACCCCAAAGACAACAACCAGUUCGCGAGCGCGUCACUGGACAGAACCAUUAAGGUGUGGCAGCUGGGCUCUUCGUCCCCCAACUUCACUCUGGAGGGCCACGAGAAGGGAGUGAACUGCAUCGAUUAUUACAGCGGUGGAGAUAAGCCGUAUCUCAUUUCAGGAGCUGAUGACAGGCUGGUAAAGAUCUGGGACUACCAGAAUAAGACGUGCGUGCAGACCCUGGAGGGUCACGCCCAGAACGUGUCAUGCGUCAGUUUCCAUCCCGAGCUGCCGAUCAUCGUGACGGGAUCUGAAGACGGCACGGUGCGCAUCUGGCACUCCAGCACCUACCGACUGGAGAGCACGCUGAACUACGGCAUGGAGCGGGUGUGGUGCGUGUGCGGCCUGCGCGGUUCCAAUAACGUCGCGCUUGGUUACGACGAAGGCAGCAUCAUCAUUAAGCUUGGUCGUGAGGAGCCUGCCAUGUCCAUGGACACCAACGGGAAGAUUAUCUGGGCCAAGCAUUCAGAGGUACAACAGGCCAACCUGAAAGCCAUGGGCGAUACAGAGAUUAAAGACGGAGAGAGGCUGCCUCUAGCCGUCAAAGACAUGGGCAGCUGUGAGAUCUACCCCCAGACCAUUCAGCAUAACCCCAACGGGAGGUUUGUGGUGGUCUGCGGAGAUGGAGAGUACAUCAUCUACACAGCCAUGGCUCUGAGGAACAAGAGCUUCGGCUCGGCUCAGGAGUUCGUUUGGGCUCAUGAUUCUUCAGAGUAUGCGAUCAGAGAAACCAGCAGCGUGGUGAAAAUCUUUAAGAAUUUUAAGGAGAAGAAGUCCUUCAAGCCUGACUUUGGAGCAGAAGGUAUCUACGGUGGAUUCCUGCUGGGCGUCAGGUCCGUUAACGGCUUAGCAUUCUACGACUGGGAGAACACCGAGCUGAUUCGGCGCAUCGAGAUCCAGCCCAAGCACAUCUUCUGGUCAGAUUCUGGAGAGCUGGUGUGCAUCGCGACAGAGGAGUCGUUCUUCAUCUUGCGCUACCUGGCGGACAAAGUGGCCGCAUCGCAAGAGUCCAACGAGGGGGUUACCGAGGACGGAAUCGAGGAUGCUUUUGAGGUCCAGGGUGAGAUUCAGGAGAUUGUCAAGACAGGUCUGUGGGUGGGAGACUGCUUCAUCUACACCAGCUCUGUCAACCGACUCAACUACUUUGUUGGAGGAGAGAUCGUCACCAUUGCUCAUCUGGAUAGGACGAUGUACCUGCUGGGCUACAUUCCCAAAGACGAUCGACUGUACCUGGGAGACAAGGAGCUGAACAUCGUCAGUUACUCGCUGCUGGUUUCGGUGUUGGAGUAUCAGACCGCCGUCAUGCGACGCGACUUCUCCAUGGCUGACAAAGUGCUCCCGACCAUUCCAAAGGAGCAGAGGACCAGGGUGGCACACUUCCUGGAGAAACAGGGUUUUAAACAGCAAGCGCUGGCCGUGUCCACUGACCCAGAGCACAGGUUCGAGCUUGCUUUGCAACUCGGGGAACUGAAGAUUGGCUACCAGCUUGCAGUAGAAGCAGAAUCUGAGCAAAAGUGGAAGCAGCUGGCAGAGCUGGCUAUCAGUAAGUGCCAGUUUGCCUUGGCACAAGAGUGCCUCCAUCAUGCCCAGGACUAUGGAGGCCUGCUGCUGUUGGCUACAGCCUCUGGCAAUGCUGCUAUGGUGAGCAAACUGGCAGAGGGCGCUGAACGUGACGGCAAGAACAACGUCGCCUUUAUGACCUACUUCUUGCAGGGGAAGUUGGACCAGUGUCUAGAACUUCUGAUCAGGACCAAUCGCCUGCCUGAGGCCGCCUUCCUCGCUCGCACCUACCUGCCCAGUCAAGUGUCCAGAGUCGUCAAGCUGUGGAGAGAGAGUCUGUCGAAAGUAAACCAGAAGGCGGCAGAGUCACUGGCCGACCCCACAGAAUACGAGAAUUUGUUCCCUGGGCUGAAGGAGGCGUUCGUGGCUGAGCAGUACCUCAGAGAGACCUGCCUGGGCAAGAGCAGACCUGCCACCGACUACCCACUGGUCACGCCCAAUGAAGAACGGAACAUUCUAGAAGAAGCCAGCGGCUAUGAACCCAAGGGCGUUAUUCCCACCCAUACACAGCAGACUUCUGAGACUGAGAAGGCUACAGAAGAAGCAGAAGUAUCUCCAGUCAUGGCUAAUCCAGUACCUGCUCCAGUAGUUAGUGUGGCUCCUCCACAGCCUGAACCUUCUAAGAAACAAGAGGAAGAAAUAAAAAACUUUAGAGAUAAGACUCUCGAGGAACUGGAGGACGACCUGGACAACCUGGAGCUGGACGACAUAGACACUACAGACGUCAACCUCGACGACGACUUCCUAGACGACUGAUCACAUCCCAGAGACGUCAAGUUUUAUUUAAAAGACCAAGCCUUUUUGUAUCUGUUGUUCUGUCAUUAAUCAGAAAGUCUCCCUGAAGUCAGGAUGUGGAGGGGUAAUGUGGACUGAGCAGAAUAUCUUUUGACGACAUGCUGGGUUUGGGGGGAAAAAAAAUGUUGUCAAGUCUGAAUUUUGUAUUUCAUGCAGGAUCUGAUUCCUUCUUCUCUCCCUUUUUUUUUUUUUUUUGCCAUUACAUUAAACUGUAAAUUUCGAGUCAUAUCUGAAAGUGUGAAUCCGCCUGAUUCAAGUGCUCAAUAAAUAUAUAUUCAAUAAUCUAAAAA